UGCCAGUCAGCUGGAAGCUUUUGGUUGCAACUAGAGUGUCCAGCGUUUGAUACACGGGAUUCAUGGGAAAUAAUCACACACACACACACACACACACAAAAACUCGCAUUCCAGGCCAAAAAAACGAAGAUAUUUCCCGGUAAAUCCGUUCUCGGAUUCCCAUCGCUUGCACAAUGAGUGCUGGCACCCCAAAAUCGCUGGCAUCUUCGGGGCAAAAGCCCAUUCAGGAGAUCUGUCAUCCGCUUGGAGCCGAGGAUACAGCGUCGGUCCUCACACCCAGUCCAGAUGUCGGAAACACCAUUACCAGCAUCGGAGGGAAGGACCUGAGUCUGCCCAAUGGGACGCCGGUGGAGACAUCUAGUCCCGCCUCCUCAUCUUCCCUCCUGAACCGGCUGCAGCUGGAUGACGACCUGGAUGGAGAGACACGUGACCUCUUUGUUACCGUCGAAGACCCGAAGAAGCACGUCUCCACUAUGGAGACCUACAUCACCUACAUGGUCGCCACUAAGACAACGCGGGUGGAGUUUGACCUACCAGAGUACUCUGUCAGGAGGCGCUACCAGGACUUUGACUGGCUCAGGACCAAGCUGGAGGACACUCAGCCCACACAUCUCAUACCACCCCUCCCUGAGAAGUUUGUGAUGAAGGGGGUGGUGGACCGGUUCUCUGAGGAGUUUGUUGAGACGAGAAGGAAGGCUCUGGAUAAGUUCCUGAAGAGAGUGGCUGACCAUCCUGUCCUGUCGUUCAACGAACACUUCAAUGCCUUCCUCUCUGCUAAAGACCUGAAUAAGAGACAAGGCCUAGCCCUGCUCUCUAAGAUGGGGGAGUCGGUGAAGUACGUGACAGGAGGGUACAAGCUGAGGGGCCGACCCGUGGAGUUUUCUGCUAUGGGAGACUACCUGGAUAUGUUCACACAGAAGCUGGGUACUAUCGACAGGAUAGCACAGAGAAUCAUCAAAGAACAGUCAGAGUACCAGGUAGAGCUGCGUGAGUACGGUCCUGUCUACACUACCUGGGCUUUGUCGGAGGCGGAGCUACAGGGGCCUCUGGAGGGCGUGGCCAGCUGCAUGGCUAACUGCUCCAGCGCCCUGGAUGAACUCACCCAGGACAUGAGCGAAGACUUCCUGCCCGUGCUCCGAGAAUACGUCCUCUAUAUCGAGUCCAUGAAGAUUGUACUGAAGAAGAGGGAUAACAUCCAGGCUGAAUACGAGGCUAAACUGGAAGCUGCUGCCUUCCGGAAAGAGGACAGAGCAUCAUGCACACAGGUGCCUACAGACGUGGAGAAGUGCCAUGACAGAGUGGAGUGUUGCAAUGCUGACCUGAAGUCAGACUGGGACCGCUGGCAGAACAACAAGAGACAAGACUUCAGACAGUUACUCACUGGCAUGGCAGACCACAACAUCCAGUACUACGAGAAGUGCCUUGCAGCGUGGGAGUCUGUCAUUCCACUAUUACGGGACAAGCAGCCACAGGAGACAGAAACAGAGGAAGACUGAGAGCCUGCCACUCUUCCUCUGGACAUUGCAUCUCAAACACUUCUCUACCUGAGUUACCGGUGUCAACAGACACUCUCUGAAAGGGAAAUUGCCAAGGAAAUGAGCCUUUGGGUCUACAGACAGAAAUCUCUUCAGUUUUGGUGUUUUUUUUCUAUUUGUGAAACCCAGUCCGUCUGACGUCCCAUCUUGCCUGCUGGAACCCAGAAGAGCAGAGUGGAUGGAUGAUAUCAUGUCUGUCUGGAAGGCCCAUUUUGUUCCUUGUUGCACACCAAACUAGCCUUGGUCGUAUUCACUAGAAACCAAACGGGGGGGGGGCAGAAAGAACUACUUGAACUUGUCCAAUGUGCACUAAUGAAUGUGACUCUGACACCACAGACAGGCUGAAUUCCUGUUGUAAUUUUCUAGUCUGUUGAGAAAUGUUUGUUGCCAAUGAUCCUUUUUUUAUAUAAACGAUGCUGAUCUUUGAUGGUC